GGCGGUAGGGCCGGGCCCCGCCGGGAGCGGGCGCUCAGUGUGCCGCCGACCGGCCUGGCGGCAGGAUGAGUCGGUUCUUGUGCGUGCUGCGCAGCUGGCUGCUCAUGGUGUCCGUCAUCGCCGCCGGGAACACCCUGCAGUGCUUCCGCGACUACAGCUUCGUCUCCGAGAAGCUCUACACCGCCAGCCCCGGCCUCGUGAACGGGCUCCAGGCCCGGACGUUUGGCAUCUGGACCCUGCUGUCCUCCGUGGUCCGCUGCCUCUGCGCCCUGGACAUCCGCAACCAGACGUUUCUCUAUCUUGGGGAUGUUGAUCGGGCUGCAGUACCUGGAGGUAGAAGCACUGUCACAAAACAAGAAGAAAAACUGAGACCGAGUGUCUUGUACAGGUCAGCAUUGUCUCCUGUCUUCACUGCCAGACUUCCACGGGAGCUCUGUUGAACGUCCCCAGGACACCAGUCCCACCGGCAGAUCGAUGUUGGACUCUGUCAAUCAUUCAUUGCUGAGUGUUCUUUUUCUUGUCCAGGCAACACUUUGACCGAUGUCAACGACCAGGCCCCAGGGGAGUUCAUGUCAAAGCUUGCUGGGGGCGUAUGGUGAGCCCCUCCCUGAGGGGUGGCAGGGGAUGUCUCUGGCAUGCCCCAUGCACUAAGGACUGCUCUCCCCCCGCACCUGUGGGGAGGAGGUGUAGAGAGCCACCUGGGAUCCACCGAACACUUUAGACAGGAAGGAGGGAUAAUGUGCUGCCCCGGCACUGCUGUGUAACUUGCAUGCGCAUGUUCUGCAGGGGCUGUUUCUAAUAAAUGACAGAAAACUGCA